UCGCUCUCUCUCUCUCUCUCUCUCUCUCUCUCCCUCCUUCUUUCUCUCUCUUACUUCCAAUUUCUCAAGCCAACGCCAAUGGCAACGAUCUCUACGAAUUCAGGCAGCAGCCCGACGAUCACCGGCAACAUAGCUAGGCGGCGGGUCUCCGACAUGGCCGAUGUCGACACGAUGAACUUUUGCAACAAAGAAGACCGUGACGACCACUCAAUCCGCCGGCGUCUUCUCUGCUUGCCUGAAUCCAUGGGUGUUUUUGUUACGAGGCUGCAGUCGCUGCUGCGGUUGGGGCGGAAUGUCGAGAAGAGGAUUCUGGGGUUUUUUGUAUUGGUUAUAGUGUUUUCGCUCUUUUGUGUGAAGGUUGUGUUGGUUUCGGAUUAUGUUGAGAGGAAUAUGAAAGGGAAGGAGAAGGGUGUUUUAGUAUUGCGUCAGAUGUUCGAGGAGGGGACGAUGGCGCAGAAGGUGGUGGAGGAGCGGGAGGCGGAGGUGAAGGUCGUGAAACCGGUGAUGGAUGUUAAGAUUCCCGAAAUAUGGAAGAAACCAAAUAGCGAUAAUUACCAUAAAUGUAUUGCUCGAUCGAGGAAUGAUAUAAAGACAAGUGCUACAAAUGGUUAUAUGCUUGUCCAUGCCAAUGGCGGAUUGAAUCAGAUGAGAACAGGAAUAUGCGAUAUGGUUGCAAUAGCAAAGGUCAUAAAUGCCACUUUAGUUCUCCCUUCUCUAGAUCAUAAUUCCUUUUGGACAGAUCCUAGUGGUUUUAAAGACAUUUUUGACUGGAGGCACUUCAUCAAUGUUUUAAAAGAUGACAUAGAGAUAGUCGAGUCGUUGCCACGUCGAUACGCAUCGCUUAAGCCAUUUGCAAAGGCACCCAUUUCAUGGUCAAAGGCUAGUUACUAUAGAGGGGAGAUACGUGCCUUAUUGAAGCGGCACAAGGUGUUGCAGUUCACACAUACUGAUUCUCGGCUAGCAAAUAAUGGACUCGCCUCUUCAAUUCAAAGGCUUAGGUGCCGUGCAAAUUACGAGGCACUACGAUAUUCAUAUAAAAUUGAGGAGUUGGGGAAGAUACUUGUUGAUAGAUUGAGAAACAAUGGCAACCCAUUUAUCGCUCUCCAUUUGAGAUAUGAGAAAGACAUGCUUGCAUUUACCGGCUGCAGCCACAACCUCACCGCAAAGGAGGCGGAGGAGCUCCAAAAAAUGAGGUACAGGGUCAAGCACUGGAAGGAGAAAGAGAUUGAUAGCAAGGAGAGGAGACUCCAAGGGGGUUGUCCAAUGGCUCCCCGAGAAGCGGCCCUUUUCUUGAAAGCCAUGGGCUACCCUUCCACAACGAACAUCUACAUUGUCGCGGGGGAGAUUUACGGGAGCGACAGCAUGACUGUUCUUCAAGCUGAAUACCCGAAUGUCUAUUCACACUCCACGCUUGCAACUGAAGAGGAGUUGGAGCCUUUCAAUAUGUAUCAGAACCAACUAGCUGCAUUGGACUACAUUGUGGCACUUGAGAGUGAUGUUUUCGUUUAUACAUAUGACGGUAACAUGGCUAAAGCAGUGCAAGGACAUAGAAGGUUCGAAGGAUUUCGCAAAACUCUCAACCCUGACAGACAACUUUUUGUGCAACUGAUAGACAGUAUGGAUGAGGGUGCAUUGUCGUGGGAGGAAUUCUCUUCAGAGGUGAAGAAGGUACAUGCUAACAGGCUCGGAGCUCCAUACCCGAGAGAAGUUGGAGAGUCUCCAAGAUUGGAGGAGAACUUCUAUGCCAACCCAUUGCCUGGUUGCAUAUGCGAAAAAUCGAAAGACAACUCAAUCCCAGUUCUAAGACAGAACCGAGGAGUAGUCAUGCGAUGAUUAGAUAUUGGAACUUAUGUGAUUUUGUUGGAUUUUCACAAACGAAUGAGACCCGUUACAUCGGAGAUUGACGUGGAUCAUCUAAAGAAUUCUUUUCCACAAGGUGCGGGAAUUUCAACACUCUUCGGUUGGAAGAGCUUAAAAAAUACUGUUUUCUGUAUAACAUACCAUGUCAAAGGCAAUCAUUGUUUGAGGAGCAGAGAAUGAAGACUCGUUUAGUUUUCUCAGAAGAUAGAUAUCCCAGAGUCAGAGGAGAUAUCCCAUAGUUAGAGGAGAUAUCCCAUACCCAAGUGGAAGAUUACAGAAGAUACAUCCUCCAUUUUCUUUUCUUUUCCUUUUAAUUUCUUUACUGUGAUUAUCAUUUUUUCAUUUUUUUUAUUUUAUUUUCAUUUUGAUUGGAUGGUCAGAAACAAUUGCCUGAUUAGGCUUUUGAUGGACUUGAACAGUGUAACAUCUGAUAAGAUCACAGCCAUUUCUUUAAUUCUUUUUAA